AUGAAACGUGUUGUAAAAACAGAAGAAAUUUAUAUGUUAAUUAAAAUCGAAAAUAUAUCCGAUAUAAACGCCGUAAAUCAUGUGAAACUAGCAUUUAAGCAUAUUAUCCUGGAUUUAUUUGGACUAUCAAUGCUACUAAAAGUAGAUUACAAAUUAUUAAAACUUGCCAAUGCCAGUAACUUCUUUAUUUUGAAAACAGACAUACGAUUUUUAAACCUCUUUCUUUACAUAAUUCAACCAAAUAAUACACACAAAUACGAAUUUAACCUAAAACUUUUUAAAAUUUCAAAUAUAUUAACAAAUUUAACAACCAUACCAAGUAUCUCUUUAAACAUCGCCGAAGAAGCUAAACAAUGA